CCGCCUGAACGAUCGAUGUCGAGACAGGGACAAACCGUCUGUCCAGAAAAAAGCCUUUUUGGAGUCAGGAGGGUGGUUUGGAAGAUCUUCAAAAAUCUUCAUCUCUUUGGGGUAGCUCGAAAGAUAAUAAAAACCAUCUCCUCCCCGAGCUCGGGAGGGGUUACUUUUCAAACAAAAGAGAUAUAAGAUCUCUUGAGGUGAAGGUCCUUCCCACCUCAGCUCGUGGAACAAGGACCUCAGGGCAGACAGCACCCUGUAUGAAUUGGUGUUGAGUUGGAAUGGAGCCAACCCAACGAAAUCAGUGAAGUCUCUGAAAAAGGACUUCAAGGGCAGCAGAGCUCCUGCCCUUAUAUGUUCCUGGCUCCAGGCCGAAUAUUUCACACUGAUGUCGCGGCCCCCAGGGGCGAAACAGCUCCAUUCAUGACUAGCCGGAGCUCAACACUUCAGGGUGUCCAACGAACUAAGGCCAUGGAGGGCCAAAAUGUCAGUUAUUUGGUCGGUGGUGGUAACCGAGCUCUGGUAGAGCUCGGCUUCGAACAUCUCUCUCUGAGGCUGCGAGGACGAAGGUUCCGCCAUUAAAGAAAAUUGGAGUUCCCCUGGAUGAUAUGCAACCGUGACUUUUAACGCAGGGUCGAGGGGAAUUAGCCUAGGUCCUGGGUUGGGCUCCAGAUAGAUGGCCUCCCGAAGAACUCUUCUCUUCUUUUCAAUGACCUCGUCUAUCUGACGGCGAUAAUGGGCUCGAGUGUCCUCUUGCUCGCGCGCAAGCUUGUAUUCUUGUAUCCGACGCUGAUUCCGGACGAACAGUGAUUCUGGGCUCGGAGAUUUAGACUCGUAAGGGAUGGCUCGCAAUGACCCCCACCGUCUUUCCAGAUUCUGUGACAUCUAAUGAGAAAGAAAAAAUGGUGAGGGCCAUGCAUGCAAGAAUCACGAGCUCGAUGGUAUGAGCUCGGGGAUUUAGGAACAAGAAAUUAAAUAUUGAGACCCUUACUAAAGAGUCAGAGCGUGUGUUCCACGGGAGAGAAAAGGAGCGUGGAAGAUUUUUUGAAAAUCCCGAAAUUCAAGGGAAAGAAAGUUGGCGGUUAGCCAGGAAGGGCAUUCUCGGUUUUCGUGCAUUUUUCAAGGACAAGGGUUUUUACCCGAAAACUUAUUAGACAAUAAACAUGGCCUAAAAUUUUCAAAACCCAGAAAAUUGAAACUUUGCUCAAACGUUAAAACUGGAUAUAAACCAGUGAUACGAAAUCCAGCAGGGGAAGUCUAGGAAACUUGAAAGCCUAUCGAAACGAAACCCCCUAUCUUAUUAUGCUAAGAACGUAAACUAGUAUACACAGCAAAAACAGUAUAAAAAAAAAACAACAGAAAUGGCAUACUUACACAGUGAUGGUGAUUGCAGAGAAAUCGUCGACUGAAGAAGAGGUUGCAAGAAAGAACUCACUGACUCGAACAGACCAGGAUUUCUUUGUUUCUUGGGUCGAGAAAACAUGCGCAUGACAGAAGCUUCUUAGGAGAGUCUGGUUUUCUGGUUGUUUUUCUUUUCUUGCUUACGAUGAACAAACGUGAAGAAGAAGAUGAAGAGGGGGGGUCUUGUAUAUAUAGGUGGAAAGAUGAAAUUAAUCAGGAGUGUCGAAUGAAAUCCUCACUAGAUCGAAUGGAUGGGGAUCAAUGACAAGAAGGCGCCGAAAAGUUGUCAGACGGACGAUCGUGGGCAUGUUUCCAAGGUACUCAAGUGCCUAAAGUGAGCAAUACCCGGCUGACGCGUGUCCAUUUUCAAGAGUGUGACGGUACGGUCUCCCAGAGGAAGUAGUUCAAAAGUUUCCUUCUCUUAGGAUUCGAACAAAUACUUUUGAGGGGGCAAGAUGUUAUACCCAGAUUUCGAGCUAUAGUAAAUAUGACCUCGAAAGCUGAGUUCGAAAUAAAUGGUCUCGUGAGGGUUAGGGCAUGCUCUAGGGUUGUAAAUCGAGCCUGCAAAGUACGAUACAUGACCUCGAGUAUCGUGACCUCGAAAUGAUCUCGAUCUCGAAAGGUAGCUCUGAGAGCACCCUUAUCUUCAGGAACAACUUCGGAGCAGGGGUCUUGAGCUCGAUGUACUAUCUCGAAAGCCACGUUAGCUCGGGAGAUGUCACUGGCUCGGGCAAUGAUGGGAAACUUGGGAGGCAAGAGCCUUAGAGAUACGCGAUCGCCGCUUUGAAUAUCAACAAGUAUUAUAAACAUGAGAUGUAAUCCUCAUUUAUUAAUGUAAAUCCCCAAGAAUCGUGGGAUAUUAUUUAAUCAGUUAUGCGUUUCCUGGUCUUCAGGGACGUUUCCUUUUUUAUCUGAUUAUAGGCAUUUAAAGCCAUUUAUUUUUAUUCACAAAAGAGUAACUACCCAAAAUAUGUGGGAUAGUAUUCUGCAUCCUUCUCUAUAAAUAAAGAAGCCAUGCACCAUUGUAAAGGACCGAAAUUCUGAUCCUUGAGAGAAAACUCUGGAGAAUUCAUACUAAAGAAUUUUUCAGAGAUAAUCUUUAGAUUAAUAACAGAGACUCGUGGACUAGGCAGAUUUAACUGCUGAACCACGUAAAAAAUCGUGUGUUUGAUUUGUUUGUUUCGUUUGGUCAUUGUCAUUCAUUGUUUUUGUGCUCUUCUUUUAUCUGUUGACGAAAAACGGCGUCAACAUGAUGAAUUAAAAUACAUGGUGAAUGACCAUGUAUUUAGUUUUGGUUUGAAAGAGUUUAGUAUUAUCAUGGGAUUGAAAACAAAAAUAGAUCCUUCUAUAGAAAGCAUGACAUUUAAGUGGGGUUCUAUUUGGACAAACUUAUUUCCUGAAAAUAAAUCGGUCACAAAAAAACAAUUAGAAGAGACUUUUAUAAAAUAUGAUGGAUGUGAUGAGGAUUUGUUGUUGAAGCUUGCUAGGUUACAUUUAGUAGAAAAUUUUCUUCUUGGCAGCCAACCAACAAAAGUUAUUGAAAAAAAAACACAUAGAUAUGGUGGAUAAUUAUUUUGUUUUUGAUGAUUAUCAUUGGGGGAGAGUAUCAUUUGAUCUCACCUUUAAAGGGCUCAAAAAGGCACCACAUAGGACGAGUGAUGGGGGGAAUUAUCCUGUUGAUGGAUGUGCAAUUGCCUUACAAAUUUUUGCAUUUGAGAUCAUAGGAAAUACCCAUAUCUAUGCAAACAAAAUAGGAGACCAAAUCCCUAGAAUAGAAAAUUGGUCUUCUACUGAGCAACCUGAGCAAUCGAAUUUUGAGAACAUUUCCACCAAGGUGUUUCAGGCUCCCAAUGUUUCUUUAUUUCAAAUGAUACCAACUGAUGAAGAGAUGAGGAAAAGCUACAUGGUUGAAUUCAGGGAUGCUGAAUUCAAUGAGGAAAUUCAAGAGGAAGCUGGACAAUCUUCUAAAGCUGAGUACAAUUUCGACAUCAGUGAGCUUCUCAAGCAAAAUGAGAAGCUUCUCAGACAAAAUGAGAAGCUUCUCAAACAAAAUGAGAAUAUUUUGAGACAAAAUGAUCACUUGGAAUCUGAAAUAAAUGACAUGAAGAGGAUCAUUUGUGCCAUCCACAAGAAAUUUUUUGAAGACAACUUGGAAAAAAACAAAGGCAAUACAAUUGUGUCAUCAGCAAGGAGAACAGCAGAGGCACAAACAUAUGAUCAAGAAGAACCAAUGGAGGAUGAAUCACCAAUAAUGACCAGCCCAUCACCACUGCAACAAGAACCUGCUGAAGUACAAAUUGAAGUUGAAAUUGAGGAACAAGCAACAACUGUUGAAGGAAAAGAACAAGAAAAUAUUGAACAACAAGUUGAAAUUGAGGAACAAUCAGCUGCAAUUGUAGAAAAAGAACAUCAACAAGAGCAAGAAAAUAUAGAAACACAAUUUCAAAUUCUGAAAAGAAAAGAAAAGAAGCAAGGAGUGUACACAAGAAAAAAGAAAGUAGAAGAAAAAAAGGCAGGUCCCUUGAAGAAGAAGAGGAAGAGGAAGACUAAUUAUUGAAUAAUUUAAUAAUAUCUGUUGUUUAACUUUAUGUCAAUAUAUAUUGUUGUUUAAUUUCAAAAAAACUUCAGAUCAUUUGUUGUUUAACUUCAGUAGCUGCACUAGA